AGAAUUAUGGAGUUUCGUUAACAAAUAAAAUGUUAUAUAAUAGAUUCAGGGCUUUAUGGUCCCUAGCUGAUUUGGGCUUUAGCCCAUAAAACUAGUAAAAGCCCAAUUUAAAUCGAGUAACGUUGACUUUCAUUGACUCUUCCUUCUCCUUGCUAGUUGCGAUCGAAAUCUCACCACCGUGUUCAAAGCAAGAAGAUCCAUGAUUGAUCCACGGAUGUAACCACUCAAGUAAGUAUAUAGCUGGGUGGCUUUGAAUCUGAUAAUGGGAAAAAUAGCGGUUGCAGCAAUCACGAGCUUGUGGGUGAUUCCCAUGUCGAUCAUCGUCAACCACAUUGUUCCAGAACCCUACAUGGACGAGAUAUUCCAUGUGCCUCAGGCUCAGCAAUACUGUAAAGGGAAUCUCAGGAGCUGGGAUCCUAUGAUCACCACCCCACCUGGAUUGUACUAUCUUUCACUAGCACAUGUUGCUUCUUUGUUUCCAGGAAUGUUGUUGGUGGGAGCUACUUCUCAGUCCUUCUCAGAAGCUUGUUCUACGUCUGUCCUGAGGUCUACUAAUGCUGUUUUUGCAGUAUUGUGUGGAGUUCUAGUGUUUGAGAUUAUCAGAUUCUUGGGGCCGAAUCUCAGUGAUGCAAAAGCAACUUUGAUCGCUUUAGUCAUGUCUCUUUACCCUCUUCACUGGUUCUUCACUUUCCUCUACUACACAGAUGUUGCGUCCCUCACCGCUUUUCUUGCCAUGUACCUCGCUUGUUUGAGGAAAAGAUAUUUCCUCAGUGCUUUUUUUGGUGCUUUAGCAAUUUGUACCCGACAAACAAAUGUAGUCUGGAUGUUGUUCGUAGCUUGCUCAGGUGUUCUAGACUUCACUCUUGACUCGCCCAGGCAAAAAGAAAAAGAAAAGGUAGACCAAGACUCGUAUCAUCAGUCCAUUGGUAGGAAAGAAGCAACUCCGAGAUCAAAUCUUAGAAAAAGAAAACCUGAUAAUAGCACCUUGGAUCCUUUUGACCGUGCUAAAUCUUUUUCUUCAACAGAGGAUACUUCAGGCUUAGUCUAUGAUGUUUAUGCUGUAAUCUCAACAUGUUGGAGUAUGAAGUGGCAACUUUUGGUCACAUUUAGCCCUUUUAUUGUGGUUGUGGUGGCCUUUGGUAUUUUUAUCAUCUGGAACGGCGGUAUAGUCCUAGGUGCAAAAGAGGAUCAUGUAGUUUCACCACAUUUUGCGCAGAUAAUGUAUUUCAGCCUCGUCUCUGCACUCUUUACUGCUCCCCUACACUUCUCAGUAGGUCAACUGAGAAAUCUACUCCAAGAGCUCCGUCAAAACAGGCCAUUGAGCCUUCUACUAACUCUUGUGGCUCUCGUAGCCGGUUUAGCCUCUGUACACUUUUUCAGCUUGGCUCAUCCUUAUCUUCUCGCUGAUAAUCGCCACUAUCCCUUCUAUCUAUGGAGAAAAAUUAUCAACGCACAUUGGUUGAUGAAGUACAUGUUAGUCCCGGUUUACGUCUAUUCCUGGUUCUCAAUCCUAUCUUUAUUAGAGAAAAGUCGAAGGAAGAUAUGGGUGUUGGUCUAUUUCUUAGCUACAUGUGCAGUUCUUGUUCCAACGCCAUUGAUCGAGUUCAGAUAUUACACUAUACCAUUUUAUAUCUUCAUGCUUCAUUCCUGUGUUAGAAACAGCGGUUGGGCCACUUGGCUUCUCACUGGAACGGUUUUUGUAUGUGUCAAUGUGUUUACAAUGGGAAUGUUCUUGUUUAGAACAUUCAAGUGGAGCCAUGAGGAUGGUGUCCAGAGGUUUAUUUGGUAGGGAGUAGGGACAAAAGUUUAUGUUCUGUUUGAUGUUACUAGAGUUAGGUUCCUUAGAAACUGGUGAAUUCAUGAUAUAUUGUUGUUAUAAAAAACAUCAUUUAUGUUCUGAGUAAGGAAAUGGCUUUGCAUG